CCGACAGGGGGUUGAAAGGGACCGGAGCGCCGCGGCUCGCGCGCAGUCCUCGCCGAAAGUUUUCGCAUAGUUCGUCCGAAAUAAAAACGGAACAAAGUGAUCGCGUUGGCGCGUGUGUCGGGCAUUCGUCGGCGUAUAAAUACAGUCCGAAGGCGGGCAUUUGCGAGUAUUCGUCCGCCGUCUGUUCGCCGUCUAUUUUCGACGAGAACAGGAAGCUCAUCCGCUCUUCCAUUCGACCGGCGCUCGCUCGCUCGCACGCGCAUGCUCUCCGCUCGCGGAACGCCUCGUCUCAAGAAUAACGCGCUCGCGUCCGUCGUAAAUACGAACGCCGAAUGCUCACUACCGAAAAUAAUCAUGCGAGGACGCCGAUACGAAUUCGGACCCACUUCUUCCGCGACUCUCUCCGAGCCGUCGAACCGAACGAAAAAUGCGCGCGGAACGGUGAGCCACGGGAACGCUCGCUACACCACUUUCCGUGGUCCCAGCGUUGACCAGCGACACCGCCGUUCAUCCUAACAGAAUCCACCUUGCUCGAACCAGUGCCACGAGUGCCCCGAAGACGACGACGAAGGACGAAGUGCGAGCAAAAAGUGCGACCAGAGAGGCCCGCCCGGUGGCCAGUGUGUUCCAAAGCAAGUUCGUUCGGCUCGUCGGUCCGCCGCCCGAAAUUCUUGUCCGCGUGCUAUGCCGCGCGAGGCGCGCUAUUUAUAAACUUACGCAACCGCGCGAGCCGCACGUGUGAUUGUUAAUCAACAAAUUUGCCGCGAGUUCGAGGUGACAGGCCCGGAAAUGGCCGGCAACGAGCGAGGCGGUCUGGACCAAAGGGCGGCGAGAGAGGCCGAGCGGCCGCCCGGUCGCGAACAAAGGGCGCCCCAAAGACCGAGGGACAGGCUCGACGAGACCCGGCUGCCGACACCGCCGUUGGACCCCUGGCUGAGUCAAUGGUACCUGCGGAACGUGCAGCAGCAGCAGCCUAGAAGCCUGGACGAGGACGAGGACAUGCUGGCGUUCUUCGCGGACCUGGAGACUCCGCCCUCGGACAGCCAAGCGUCGGAUUGUCCGUCGAGGAACUCGACCGCGUCGACGAUAACCGUGCCGAAUCUGUGCCUCGAGGAGGCUUUCGAGCACCUGAACAGACUGUACUCGUUGACGGAGCAGAUCCUGGAGCUGCGGCACCGCACCUCGACGUUCUUCAAACGCGUCCGCAACCUGGAGAAGCUGAAGGUGCUGCGGAACGCGAACCGCGCGCUGGAGGACGUCUUCGCGGCCGAUUACGAGGACGCCGGCGACUUCUGCGAGGAGGACACAGGUUUCGCGGAUUCUCUGCUGAAUGCUAUGAUAUCGAACUGCAGGGAACCGCCGUUCCAGAGACGCAACGUCAGAGUAUCGGCUUCGAGGAGGGCCAGAGGGAGGUUCGACUUUCAGAAGCAGAGCUCCGGGGACGAGGGCUCGAAGGACGCGCCCAAGGUCUCCAAGUGGACCAGGGUGAAAGCCGCGUUCAAGUGGGAGAGGGCUUACGCGAACGACGCAGCGGAGGCCGCGGAAAACGCGACCGCCCCGACCUCGCCGAUCACGCCGACCGCGCGGUUUCUCAGCGUUCCAGAGAUCGAGGCCGGCAACUCGGGCAGCAGCAGCCCUUCGUUCUACGUCGACGACGUCUCCGACGCGGGCACUUCGUUCAGCAGAACCUCCACAGUUUCGUUGUCCAACGAGGCGGCCUGCGAAUGUGCGAGGAAGCGCCGCGACCUUUGCCCUGCCCGCGGCGCCUCGCCUGAUCGAAAUUUACUUCCAGGUUCCCUGGGGGGCACGCAGAGUCAUUUGGAGCCGAGGGCGAAGGAGGAGCCGAGGGAACUGCGCGGGAAUAGGCGCAGCCUGUCUCUCGAUCGCAAUGUCGCGACGGAUGCUGAACAGGCUAACGACAAUGGUCCAGCCAAGCAGAUUCGAGUCGCGGAAGAAAAGAAUGGAACGGCGUGUCCGUCGAAUGCAAUCGACGAGAAGGGUGCAAGAUCGACGCCGAAGAGGCCACCCCCGUCUCUGACGAUCACGAUACCAUCGCUGAACGAUGACAUCAGGUGUGUGCCCUCCCCAGAAUCUAAUUCGUCGGUUUCCUCCAGCGCGCACACUCCUAGCGGGAAUUCUCCUCUGCUCCGAAAUAUGCAACGAGAACAAUCGUCCGCUAAACAUUUUAAACGACAGCAAUCGGUCAUCGAAGAGUCCAUAGCAUCGAGAAUACGGGGACAAGAUUCCAAAUGGAGUAAGGUCAGACGUGCGUUCCUGACAAAUUCUCCUCUUAGCAUUCCGCCAAGUCCUGUUAAAGUCGGUUCAAGACAAAUGUUCCUACAAAACGGUCAAGAGUGUUCGACCCCAGGCAGUUGCAGCGCCAGCGCGGAGGACCUCGAGCAACUGACGGCGUUGAACACUCAGUCGGACACCCAGCGUGAUUACCGUGUCCUGCGCGAGAAAUUGGGCGCCGAGUUUCACCGGAAGCUGGUCGAAUGGGAGCGGAUGAAGAACCUGUCGCCACGCCCGCAAACGAAGGACAGCGUCCGCGAAGCUGCGCCGAGUUUCGCGAACCCUCGGGAACACUUCCUGUCCGAGGAGAGGCUGUCCUUCGAAUUCAGGAAGAAGCUUCAGGAUUGGAAACGCGUGAAGAAGGAGCGACGAGGAAGCAACGCGUUCGAGCAGCAGAGGUUCAAUCGUCGUCGCCUAACCGACUGGCAGCUGUGGAAGUCGCCCGCGAAGGCAGAAUGCAGAAAUCGCGAAAUCGCGGGGCAGCGGGCCAAUUUCGCGGAAGGUGUAAACGGCGGCAGGUCCCACCUGUCCGAGGACUUUCUACGGAAGAUGGACGUGUGGAAGAGAAUGCACGAGACCGGGAACGGGGACGACGAACACUCGAGGGCAAAGUUCAGCCGACUUGGGAUCGGGUCUGGCAUCGACGAAACCGAGUUUCUCACUUUGGAGAAGGCUCUCGCGCAGUUCAACCGCGACACCGUCAAGCAACGCAGGGAAACCGAUCGGCAGCAGUCGGACAAGUUCGUCGACGCCAAUGCGAAGUCGUACGCGGAUGCUGCAAGGGACUCGAGCUGCACCGACGAAGUUCUGGUGCAAACAUCCGCCGGUUCUUACCGGUUCGAGGGUAUAUCGCGAGAAUUCACGAGGAAAUUGUACGAUUGGGAAAAGUAUCGCGGGAUAUCACCGAGAUCCUCCACCUUCCGUCUGCUGGGACCUGCUUUCGAUCCGCUUUUGAGAGAAUCGGACGUCGAAACGCCGAUUACACCGACGACCAAAGCUGGAUCCAGUGAGCAGGUGUUCUUCAGCGAUCGCAAUUUGACAAGAUCGAAGUCUGCCGACGACCUGAUUACAAGAAGCAGUCUAAGCGAAUCUUUCAUACGUCGUCCGACGAGCCUGCAAUUAUUAAAUCGCGUUGCAAGUACACUGGAAGAUUCCGAUGUUACCGGCAGUUUGCUACUGUCAAGCAAUCGGCAAGGGGUGGAAGAGAUCGCGGAGGACAUCCUGAUGGACGAUUCGGAGCCGGAAGCGAUGAUAGUCGACAUCGAGGACGUGAUCGAGGAGACGGCGAGUCCCCUGAAGCGAAUGCAACCGCAUCAAACCCCGGUGUACUCGGUUGCAGCCAGCGAGACGACUAGCAUCGCAGUGCCCCUCGGAACCGUGACAUCGAGCCACGAGCCAUCCCCCGUGCUCUUCAUCGAGAUCGAGGACAAGCCUAACCGGAAGCAGCGGCAAGAUCGCAGGAACAAUUCGCCGCGAGGAAGCGAUUCGAGCAGCCGAAACCUCGAAUCGGCGAACGCGUCGAGCAGAUAUUCGUCGAGUCGGGAGAACGUGGACUCCGGAUGCUCACCUUUUUUGGACGUCACGAACAGAAAUAAGCGUCGCGACGACGGUUCCGUCUACUUCGCGCGCGACGUCGACGUCCGCAAAGAUCCCGGAAAAGCGAGCGACGCGAUCGGCCGCGAUCGAACCGCGAGGAUCGCCGAGAUGUCAACGAAACUGGAGGAGCCCGUUGAGAAGGUGGAAGCCGUGCCUGCGCCAGCCGAUGAACGACGCCCCGUCGACGGCGUCGCCGAAGAACAGAGACUCGACGGGUCCGACGAAUGCGAAACCGUUCGCAGAUGGAAUCUUGGAACGCAUUCGGCUUUUGCGAGAAGCGUAAAAGAAUCGACGGAUUUAUCGAGCGAGGAGAAGCACUGUAGGGAGGACGACGAUGAUAGGGAGACCGUGGAAGAUGGAGGCAGCUGCCUUGUUCGGGACGUUGCCGAGGUUCUCGCGGAACCAGACAACGAAUACGAGAACGUGAAGUCCGGGGAGGAUCCUUAUUACUGCUCUCUAGUCGACAGACGACCGGCGACCAACUAUGAGACAUGCGACAGAGAAACAUUUUCCGGCUCCUUGGCUACUUAUAAGUUAGAAAGUGCCAACUACGAGAACCUACGCCACGCGAACCAAGAAAACGAAGACCCCUCCCCGAAUCUCUCUAAGCCGUUCAAUCUGUUCAAAAUCAAAUCGAGCGUGUUCGAGCGAAUCCCGUUCGAGUCGCACGCGAAACGUCUAAGCCCUGGAGGCCGAAACAAAAGCCCAGAGGCCGCGACGCCGAUCAAAUCGAAACUGUCAUCGGACCAGCUGAAACAACGGAAACUUGAAACAACAUCAACGCCCAUCUCACCGUCAAAAAGUCCCUGCAACGGCGACUACAAUCGCAACCAAACAACGCGAGCCACUCCUCCAACAAUAAACGAGGACGCUCGUCCGAAGUCGACGGCUCUUUCGGCCGUCAAAGGCUGCACAGGAAGCUCGAAAGCCUUACAUCGAUCGAUCGACGUCCCAGCGGAAAUCGAUGCGGCACAUAUCCACGAUCCUGGAUCCACGAUCGACGACCCCCGAGCCUUGAACAACGACGCUGGACGCGCGAUCGAGGAGCCGGCGAUCGCCGAGAAGCCGAAGAAGCAGUACUCGCCGACGCGAAACGUGCUGAUGAAAACGAAGCGCAUGAUCUUCUCGCCGUUCCGGCGGGAGGAGGACUACAACUCUCGUCGCAAGAACAGCAACAGCUCGGACAGCGACCAGGCGUACUCCCUGAAGACGAUCGCGAAGUCGAGAUCGACGUCGCCGAAGAUAAAUCGUCCGGACAUGCUGACGCGGAUGUCGUUCUCGCUUCCGUGGCCGUUGGGCUCGUCGUCGAAGGACCACGAGUCGAAGGCGCCUAGGGACGGUCCGGAAAUCGCGUACAAGAGCAAGAGAGCGUCGUCGUUGACCAGCGAGACCGACGUGUUCCGGGAAUCGAGACUGGAUCGUCCGCAGGGCGCGACGUUGUCGGAAGAGGCGAAGGAAGUUCCGGAGAAGCUGGAGGAUCGAUCGUCGAUCGCGGGGAAACGGCAGGAGAAGAGGGCCGAUGGAUCCUUCGACCCGAACUCCUCGGAUCUGAUGCACAAGCUGCAGAUCCUGUCGAGCGUGGUGGCCAAGAGGGACGGUCGCAGCUCGAUCUCCGAGGAGCUGACCUUGGAGUCGCGUUCCUUGAGGAUGCGCCGCGCGAAAGAGGACUUCCUGUCGCGCCGCGGCGGCCCGCUCUUCCAUUCCGUCAUGGAGCCGUCGACCUUCGACGACCGGAACUUCUCCGGAGGCGUGACUCGCGCUGAUUUGACGGAGAGAGACGGGAGAAGCGAGCCGGAGAAGUCUGCUGGAGCGUCGACGACGGCGAGGAGGAGAAGGGUUGAAGUGGAGGAAGCUGGGAAAGGGGAUGAGAUUGACGCGUCGAGCGGAUCGGACGUGUCUCUGUCGGAUCGAGCGAAGUCUGCCAGCACCGGUAUGAUCAACGUGGAUCCUGACAUCUUCCAACGGCUGACAGAGGCUGGCCGAGGCUGCGAGUCUCUGCCGAGAACGUCUUCGAGGCUGCAGAAGCCUGGCGGCUCGCUCGCCAAGAUCGUCAACAAGUGUAAAUUUAUACGAUUGAUAUGCGGCAAAGAGCAGAGCGAUCUGAGCACGAUCGCGAGACUGUGCAGGCAGAGCUUGCUGAUCGAUAUUAAGAACGAUUUCGAGAAGCACUGGGAGGAUGACGAGAGGACUAACAAAGCACCCAGGGAGGAAUAGAUGCGUGAUUCGAUCGGGAUCGCGGAAGAGUAUCCUGGCACUGCUUGUCUGCUGUUGAUGGGACAUGAAAUAUCUAUUGAUUGAUCAUGAUAGCGACGGGGGGAGGGAUGAACGUAGAGCUGAGUAGCGUAUUCUGUUACCUUCGCAGAUAUUUAUUUGCAAUUUAUAUGGAAGUGUAAUUAAAUGGUAUACAAAGUACA